CUGGGGCAGCAGGACACUCGAGCUCUGAGGACACGUCAUGGCCACCAAAGCAUCACGAGCCGGUGUCGGCGACGGGAAGCCAGUCACCGAUGGGGCGACCGAUGGGGCCACAGAUGGGGCGUUGCAGACCCUCGCUGACGCCAGGGUGACCUGCAGCGACGAGAAGAGGGAGCUGGUGGUCCUGAACGACCGCUUCGCCAGCUACAUCGAGAAGGUGCGGUCCCUGCAGGAGCGCAACACCAAGCUGACGACCCAGAUCCGGAUCCAGGAGGCGAGUCGGAGCGAGGAAUCGAACAUCUCGGAGCUGUACGAGACGGAGCUGACGGAGCUGCGCGCGCUGGUGGACCAGCUCACGCAGGAGACGACUCAGCAGAAGGCCGAGAGGGCCAGCUGGCAGGCACAGGCCGAGGAGUGGCAGGCGAAAUGCGAGGCCGAGACUGUCGCGACUGCAGCGAGGAGGACUGAACUUGCAGCGGUCAAGAAGGAGGUGGAUGUGGCGACUGUGGAGCGUGUUGGAGUGGAAAACAGGCUGACCACAGCACAGAAGGAGAUUAAGUUCCUGAAAAGUGUCUAUGCUGAGGAGACACUGAAGGUGCAGUACCAGCUGAACGAGGCCGUGUCCAUAGUUGAGAUGGAGUUGCCGAUCAUCGCAGGCCCAGACCUGAGCGAGACGCUGCGUGAGAUCCGCCUGCAGUACGAGAUCAUGGGCCAGGCCAACAGGGAGGAGGCCGAGGCCAAGUACAAGUUCAAGUUCAGCGAGCUGUCCCGGCAGCGGGAGGCGGAUAACAAGUCUCUGGUUGCCCUGCGGUCCGAGCUGACCAACCUGAAGUGGACUCUACUGUACAUCGUCACCGAGACUGAGACAUUAAAAAACAAGUCUGUCUCCCUGGAGACGAACAUGGCAGAAACAGAAGCCCGCCGACUGAAGGAGAUUUCGGAGUGCAAGCUCGCUAUCGGCGAACUGGAGUGGCAGAUCGAGAAGAUGAAGGUGGAGGUGUACCAGCACACCGUGGAGUACCAGGAGCUGGUGAACAUCAAGAUAUCCCUGGACGUGGAGAUAGCGGCCUACAGGAAGCUGCUGGAGGGGGAGGAGCUGAGACUCUUCGGUGAAGUCAAUCGAGGUCAGUGAGGUCAGCAGUCGUGGGGUCAGCAGUCGUUAGCAUAGGUCAGUAGCCGUGAGGUCAGGUGUGAGGUCAAGUUGAAGUCCUCCAGCUAGAGAGGAAAUUCAUUGUAUCCAGCUUAAGUCUACAGUUUGUGCUCCAGAGAUAUAGGGAAGCCAUGUGAUGUCAUUCUGUAUGGUUUCCAUAGGGCAAAUAUUCUUAAAGAUGGCGUGAAGGACCAAAUACAUUAUAUCGUUCAAAAUGUUAACACUAACAAUGCAAAAGUUGAAGAUUGAAUAUCUAACGAAUCAUAAAAUUGUAGAAGCUCC